AUGCCUAAAACAAGUCGCAGUCCGGUGAGGAGACAAAAUCUCCCCAAGUCUGGUGAUAUAUCCAGCUUAUCAAACUCUUAUUUGGCUCUUAGUCAGGACGAUCCGGAUGAGGAAGGUGAGGAGGAGGUCCCUCAGCUGACUAAGAAAACAAUGGGGGAUGCGAAGGUUGAUUUGGAGGACUCCUCCACUGUGGGAGGUGAAUCUGUUGUGGAUGGGAAGGGGACUAUGGGGAAUACCUCUAAGCUCUCUAAACCAUUGGUGGAUCCUCCUCUACGUCCGGUUUUUCCGAGAGACUCAAAGACAACACACAAAGUAAUUCUCAACUCUUCUGCUCGAAAUCAGAAAACCAGAGUGCAAGAGAGAAAGGUUUCUAGGUUGGGAAGGAAGAUGUUUAAGAAUUGGUCAAUACUUACGAAUUACAAGUUUAAUUCGCGUGGUCGUAUUUGGGUGAUGUGGAGGAGUGAUGUCUUGGUGACUCCAUUCUAUAAGAGUGAGCAGCUUAUCACUUGCUCGGUGUUAUGGGGUGAGCUUCGUGAUCAUGUUGACUCUCCUCUUAUUCGUAAUAAGCCGUGGUUACUAAUGGGUGAUUUUAAUGAGACACUUGAUAUCUUGGAGCAUUCACAAAUGGUAGAUCAUCCCAUGGUUACUUCAGGGAUGCGAGACUUUCAGGGACUGGUAAACUAUGGUUAUAUCUCUGAUAUAGCAGCGCAUGGUCCACUGUAUACUUGGUGCAAUAAACGUCAAACAAGUCUCAUCUCAAAGAAGCUGGACAGAGCUAUGGUAAAUGAUGUGUGGAGGCAAUCUUUCUCUAACUCCUACUGUACUUUCGAGUCAGGCGGAUGUUCUGAUCACCUCCGUUGUCGGGUCCAACUAAACGUUGAGGUGUUGGUUUCUGCUUGCAGUCAUAAGCCCUUCAAAUUCGUUAAUGUGAUAACAAAGUUAGAAGAGUUUCAACCUCUCCAUGAAGAGUUUUGGAGAGACACUUCUCCGCUCCAUAUGUCCACUUCUACAAUGUUUCGUUUCUCCAAGAAGUUGAAGGCGUUGAAACCACUUCUGCGAAGGUUGGCUAAAGACAGAAUGGGAAAUCUGGUCAAGCAGACGAAGAUAGGUGAUAAGAAUAAUAAAACUUUUCACAGGGCUGCUACAUUACGGGAGGCGAACAAUUCGAUUCGAGAGAUCAAACUACCUGAUGGGUCUGUGACUAAGAAAACAAAGGAGAUUAAAGCUGAGGCAAAGCGUUUUUUUCGGAAAUUCUUACAGUUCCUCCCAUCUGAUUAUGAGGAGGUUACCCUGAGUUUUCUAGAAGGGUUGUUAUCGUACCGUUGUUCCACUGCGGAUAAAACCUUGCUCUCUCGGUCUGUCACUGCCGACGAGGUCAAGAGUGCCCUGUUUGCUAUGCCAAGUGACCAGUCUCUGGGUCCUGAUGGUUUUACUUGUGAGUUUUAUAAGUCUGCAUGGAGCAUUUUAGGGAGUGAAUUUGUGUUAUAUGUGCAAUCCUUCUUUGAAAAAGUUUUUUUGCCAAAGGGAGUCAACUCAACAAUCCUCGCUCUAAUACCAAAGAAGCUGGAGGCCAUUGAAAUGAAGGAUUAUCGUCUAAUCUCUUGCUGCAAUGUUUUGUAUAAGGUUAUCUCCAAAAUCUUAGCAAACAGGCUGAAAUGCGUGUUGCCAAAAUUCAUUGCCGCCAACCAAUCUGCUUUUGUUCAAGAUCGUUUGCUUAUCGAGAAUGUUCUCCUAGCUACUGAGCUUGUGAAGGAUUAUCACAAAGACUCUCUUUCCAGCUGUUGUGCCAUUAAAAUCGACAUCUCCAAAGCAUUUGAUUUGGUCCAAUGGUCCUUUCUACGUCAUGUUCUCACGGUUAUGGACUUCCCUCAGGAGUUUGUUCACUGGAUCAUGCUCUGUGUUACGAUUGCUUCAUUUUCUGUGCAAGUUAAUGGUGACUUGGUUUGUUACUUUCAGAGCUCUCGUGGGUUGCGGCAGGGAUGCUCUCUAUCUCCUUAUCUUUUUGUCAUCUCCAUGGAUGUCCUCUAA